GUCAUAACCUACGGACCGAGCGCAGCGAAGUCCUUGCUUCAUGAACGAGAGCCAAACCAAACUCACAUCAAGCAUCAGCCAUAUAGUCAACAUCUUGGAUGGAAAUGGAAACCUAACAGCAGAAGCCAUGAUAGCUUUCAUAAGCAUCGCCUUACUUGUUGCCCUGUUUUUGCUCAACUCAGAUCGCAUUCAGAAAGCCAUUGAGAUAUGCAGCGAAUGUUUGAUUUUGCUAAAUAGAACCGAUCAAAACAGCAAAGACCAAUUUGAUUCAGUAUCGCUACAAUUUUACAGCGACAUCUACACAGUUCUUUUCAGCGCUUAUCGUCAUAUCUCUGACUACAUAAGUGCGGAAAGAUACGGCAGGAAACUGUUUGUCUUAUACAGCGAGUCUGGAAUUAUGCUUCAUAACCUUGGCGAAAACCAAAAAGCGAAAGAGUAUGUUGAGAGAGCCCUAGCCAUUACAACCGAAAUUGGCGACAGAAGCGGAGAAGCAUCCUGUUACGGAAACCUUGGAGCGUUGCUUCAGUCGCUCGGGGAAUGCGAUAAGGCUAAGGAGUAUCUCCAAAAAGCGCUUGUCAUCAGAACUGAGAUUGGCGAUAGAAAAGGAGAAGCAAAUGACUACGGAAACCAAGGUACUGUGUUUCUCUCGCUCGGCCAAUACGACAAGGCUAAAGAGUAUCUCCAAAAAGCGCUUGCCAUCAGAACUGAAAUUGGUGACAGAGAAGGAGAGGCAGCUGACUACGGAAACCUUGGUACUGCGUUUUUGUCGCUCGGCCAAUACGACAAGGCUGAAGAGUAUCUCCAAAAAGCGCUUGUCAUCAGAACUGAAAUUGGCGACAGAAAAGGAGAAGCAUCUGACUACGGAAACUUGGGUACAAUGUUUGUGUUGCUCGGGCAAUACGACAAGGCUAAAGAGUAUCUCCAGAAAGAGCUUGUCAUUAGAACUAAAAUUGGCGACAGAAAAGGAGAAGCAACUAAUUACGGAAACCUAGGUUAUUUGUGUGAGACGCUCAGGCAAUACGACAAGGCUAAAGAGUAUCUCCAGAAAGCACUUGUCAUCACAACUGAAAUUGGCGACAGGAAAGGGAAAGCAUCAUGUUAUGGAAAUCUAAGUACAGUGGUUUGGUCGCUCGGGCAAUAUGACAAGGCUAAAGAGUAUCUCCAAAAAGCGCUUGUCAUCAGAACUGAAAUUGGCGAUAGAAAAGGAGAAGCAGCUGAUUACGGAAACCUAGGUUUUUUGUGCGAGACGCUCGGCCAAUACGACAAGGCUAAAGAGUAUCUCCAAAAAGCGCUUGCCAUUAGAACUGAAAUUGGCGACAGGAAAGGGAAAGCAUCAUGUUAUGGAAGCCUAAGUACAGUGUUUCUGUCGCUCGGGCAAUAUGACAAGGCUAAAGAGUAUCUCCAGAAAGCGCUGGUCAUCCGAACUAAAAUUGGCGAUAGAAAAGGAGAAGCAACUGACUACGAAAACCUAGGUACUGUGUUUUUGUCGCUCAGGCAAUACGACAAAGCUAAAGAGUAUCUCCAGAAAGCGCUUGCCAUCACAACUGAAAUUGGCGACAGGAAAGGGAAAGCAUCAUGUUAUGGAAGCCUAAGUACAGUGUUUCUGUCGCUCUGGCAAUAUGACAAGGCUAAAGAGUAUCUCCAGAAAGCGCUGGUCAUCCGAACUAAAAUUGGCGAUAGAAAAGGAGAAGCAACUGAUUACGGAAACCUAAGUAAUUUGUGUAAGUCGCUCGGCCAAUACGAUAAGGCUAAAGAGUAUCUCCAAAAAGGGGUUGCCAUUAGAACUGAAAUUGGCGACAGAGAAGGAGAGGCAGCUGACUACGGAAACCUAGGUACUGUGUUUUUGUCGCUCAGGCAAUACGACAAAGCUAAAGAGUAUCUCCAGAAAGCGCUUGUUAUCAGAACUGAAACUGGCGACAGAAGUGGGGAAGCAUCAUGUUGUAGAAACCUAGGUCCUGUGUUUCUGAGGCUCAGCCAAUACGACAAGGCUAAAGAUUAUCUCCAGAAAGCACUUGUCAUCACAACUGAAAUUGGUGACAGAAAAGGGGAAGCAUCAUGUUAUGGAAAACUAGGUACUGUAUUUAAAUCGCUCGGGCAAUAUGACAAGGCUAAAGAGUAUCUCCAAAAAGCGCUUGUCAUCACAACUGAAACUGGUGACAGAAAAGGGGAAGCAUCAUGUUAUGGAAAACUAGGUACUGUGUUUAAGUCACUCGGGCAAUAUGACGAGGCUAAAGAGUAUCUCCAAAAAGCGCUUGUAAUCAGUACUGAAAUUGGCGACAGAAAUGGAGAAGGAACUGGCUACGGAAACCUGGGUACAAUGUUUCUGUCGCUAGGCCAAUACGACAAGGCUAAAGAGUAUCACCAAAAAGCGCUUGCCAUCACAACUGAAAUUGGCGACAGAAAAGGAGAGGCAUCUGGCUACGCAAACCUCGGUACUGUGUUUCUGUCGCUCAAGCAAUACGACAAGGCUGAAGAGUUUCUCCGGAGGGCGCUUGUCAUCAGAACUGAAAUUGGCGACAGAAAAGGGGAAGCAUCGUGUUAUGGAAGCCUAGGUACUGUGUUUUUGCCGCUUGGGCAUUACGACAAGGCUAAAGAAUAUCUCCAAAAAGCUCUUGUCAUCAGAACUGAAAUUGGUGAUAAGGAAGGGGAAGCAGCAGAUCUUGCAAACCUCGGAACUGUGUCUAGAACUGUUGGAGAUUAUGAAGUUUCGGAAGUAUUCUUGGAGAAAGCUUUAUCCAUAUCCAGAGAUAUUGGAGAUAGAAAAAAAGAGUUCGAAAUCCUUCAAAGUUACGCCAUUUUGUAUUUAUUGCAAAAUAAAAACAAAGAUUCCCUUUCGUGUCUUCAUCUGUGCAUUGAAAAGUAUGAGAAGCUGAGAUAUUUCUUGGGCGCCAAUGAUCAGUUCAAAACAUCAUUUCUGGAGGAAUCAGGAAUAUUUCCCUACAAACUGCUUUGUAGUUUGCUUUGUGACACCGGAAAUGCUCGGGAUGCACUUUGUGUUGAGGAGUUGGGUCGAGCUAGAGGCCUAUCAGACUUAAUGGCAGAGAAGUACUCGGUUGAAACGCACAUCUCUGCUAAUCCACAAUCUUGGUUUGGGAUUGAGAACAUUUUUGGAGAGAAAAAUAACUUUACUUGUCUGUACAUUUCUUAUUUUUACAAUCAUCUGCAUUUGUGGAUCUUUAAAACAAGUGGAGUCCGUCACUAUAGAAGGAUAUCACUAGAAGAGAAUCUAGUUCAGGCUGGGUUGCCCAAAGAUUUGUCUUUGAGUAAAUUUUUGGAUCACAAUUUCCGGAGUCUUGGUAUUUUGCCCACCAAUGAUUGUGAAGAUCGGUCUUUAAAUUUGGUUAAAUUACAACCUCUCUCCCCCGCAAAAAAGAGCUCAGCAAGACUGCGACUCGUGGAGGAGGACGAGGAUGAGGACGAGGAUAUGAUCUAUCUUCGUCUAUCACAAAGUCUACCCUUGUGCUACAAAAUGUUUAUUGCUCCCGUAUAUAAUGAUUUACUUGAGGAACCUGAAGUCAUCAUCGUUCCUGAUCGCAGUUUGUACAAAGUUCCCUUUGCUGCACUGAGUGAAAAGGAGGGAGCCCAAUACCUGUCGGAGACUCAUAGGAUCCGUGUCAUUCCCUCUUUGACAACACUCAAGAUUAUUCAAGAUAGUCCAGAGGACUAUCACAGCAACACUGGUGCCUUGAUAAUAGGCAACCCUAAGGUCGAUUGGCUGCCGUCAUUACCAGGUGCAAGAAAGGAAGCAGAGAUGGUCGGAAGACUGGUGGGUGUUCCGCCUCUGGUAGAAGAGGAAGCAACGAAGCAGGCGGUACUUGAGCGAAUAUGUUCAGUGGGCCUGAUUCAUUUUGCUGCCCAUGGUAACGCCGAAAGGGGAGAAAUUGCCCUCUCCCCCAUUCCUACUUCCAACAGUCGUAACGCUAACCUACCUCAGGAAGCGUACAUGUUGACUAUGGCUGAUGUCUCACGAGUGAAAGUCAGAGCUAAACUGGUGGUCCUUAGCUGCUGUCACAGUGGACGUGGUCAGAUAAGAGCCGAGGGAAUUAUAGGAAUUGCCCGUGCGUUCUUAGGAUCCGGUGCUCGCUCUGUGUUGGUUGCGCUGUGGGCCAUUUCAGACUCAGCAACAGAGCAGCUGAUGAGUCGGUUUUACGAACACCUUGUCGAGGGGGAAAGUGCCAGUGAAUCCCUUCAUCAGGCCAUGAAGUGGAUGAGAAAAAACGGUCUUACCAAAGUGUCUGAGUGGGCUUCAUUCACGCUGAUUGGAGAUGACGUGAGGUUUGAGUUUGGCGCGCGCAGAAAAAGAGACCCCGACAGAGUUAAUAAUGAGAAUCAAUCGAAGGAAACAGAGCUAAAAGACUUUUAGAUGGAUAAAUUAAAUAGAAACAAG